GCUGGCCGGCAGCCAGGGGAACGUCUAUUUAAAAAAGACAGCCUGCUCGGCAAUAAUCAGUCUCUUUAGAAACUUCUCCAGGGGAAAAGUGUUGGGAGAGCUACAAAGUGGUGGUGCUUUUAGAAUAUUUUUCCCCUUCCUCCUCCUUCCACAGGACUCUUUUCGUGCUUUGCAGAGAACCUGACGAUUUGGAAGAGGUGGUGGACGGGAGAAAAGAGGGGUUUUUAUAUAUUAAAGAAAAAUCUUGCUUAUCUUUUUUUUCUUUUUCUUUCUUUCUUUUUCUUUUUCUUUUCUUUUCUUUUUUUUUUUUUUUGGUCUGUCUAUCGGGCAGCCUCUACCUGCUCCGUGGCAACCCCGAUCCACUUGAUGCAUUCAUAGGGAGGACAGGGAGUUCACACUUGGGUGUGAUCUUCAAUUUUUUUAAACUUCUCCUCCCCAAUCUUCAAGCAAAUUUUCCGGUGGUUGCUACCUGUCUUGUGGGGACUUUUUUUCCCCACUUUUAAAAAGGCAGGUGAGCCGGGAUUUGGGGGGGGGGCUAUUUUGCCAUUCCUCUUUCUCCGUUCACCUGGCGAUUAUUUUUCUUUGCCCCAAACUGUUGCAAGCCUUAAUUCUUGCAAACGGCUCUCUCAUCACUUCAAUUUUUCUCCCAACACUUUUUUUUAAACCCCUUGUAGAGAGAGGAGAAAAGCUCUUGUCUUGCUUCCCAGACAAUAGGUAGCUGGGCAGAUAUUAAGACUCUGCCCUCCACACACACACACCCUGCCCCCACAGUCUCCCCAGCCCGGCACCGUGCCCCAAGGUAAGGGGGAACUUUAGGAAGAUGGUGCUGCCUACGGUGUUCCUGCUGUUGUCCGCCUGCAUCGGGGCAGCUCAGGGCCUGGGCUCUUUCGUGCACUGCGAAGCGUGCGACGAGAAAGCCCUGUCCAUGUGCCCCCCGAGCCCUCUGGGCUGCGAGCUGGUCAAGGAGCCCGGCUGCGGCUGCUGCAUGACCUGCGCGCUGAACGAGGGGCAGUCGUGCGGGGUGUACACUGAGCGUUGCGCCCAAGGGCUCCGCUGCCUCCCGCGACAGGACGAGGAGAAGCCCCUGCACGCCCUCCUGCACGGACGUGGGGUCUGCCUCAACGAAAAGAGCUACCGAGAGCAAGCCAAGAUUGAGAGAGAAUCCCGAGAACAUGAGGAGCCAACCACUUCAGAGAUGGCUGAGGAGACCUACUCCCCAAAAGUUUUCCGGCCCAAGCAUGUUCACCUCUCUGAGAUGAAGGCUGAAGCCCUGAAGAAAGACCGCCGGAAGAAGCUGACCCAGUCCAAGUUUGUUGGCGCUGCUGAGAACACUGCUCAGUCACGGGUCAUCUCCGUCCCUGAGAUGAGACAGGAGUCUGAACAAGGCCCCUGCCGCAGACAUAUGGAAGCUUCCCUGCAAGAACUCAAAACCAGCCCCCGUAUGGUGCCCCGCACUGUUUACCUGCCCAACUGUGACCGUAAAGGCUUUUACAAGAGGAAACAGUGCAAGCCAUCCCGGGGCCGCAAACGUGGCAUUUGCUGGUGCGUGGACAAGUAUGGGAUGAAGCUGCCAGGGAUGGAGUACGUCGAUGGAGAUUUCCAAUGUCACAGUUUUGACAGCAGUAAUGUUGAGUGAGGCAUCCCUCCUAUCCCUCAUCCCUUUCCCCUCCACCCCUCCCUGCUCCCCAGUUUUUCCCCGGCUCCCUCCCCAACCCCAUUCCAGCCAGUGCCCCUCUCCACCCCGAGGAUGCCACUCAUUUCAUCUCAUUUAAGGGAAAAAAAAUAUUUGAAGAAACUGAGGACCUCGGAAUCUUUAGCAAGUUCUCAACCUUUUGUUUUUUAAGCAACAACAACAACAGAGACAGAAUAAACCAAGAAGACACCCCUUUUUUGGUUGAUAGGGUGAAGAGUGGGGUGGUAAGGAGAACGAAUGAAGAAGGGAAGAGAGGAAGAGCAAAAUAGAGAGCAUAUGACAGAAGAGAAUCACGGAGAAGGACACAAAAAGUCAAGAAAAGCAAGAGAGAAAAGAGGAGAAGUGAUUAGUAACCUGUACUGGCCCACAUCCUGCUGCGAAGAGGGACCCUUAGCUGGGAAAACGGUUUUGCCUGGAGAGGGCCUGGGUUUUUUAGGUGGGAUCCAGCGGUGGCUGGUUGAGGGAUUUUUCAGUUUGGAUGGGUAGAAAGAGGAAAGAGGUUUUGGCGGUAGACAGAAAGGCAAAAUAGGGCUCUGCUCCCCUGUGUCUCCUCCUCCAGUCAGCUCCCAAGGCCUCUCCAGGCCCAUCGUUCCUCUCCCCUCACCCCCUCAUUCUUCCAAGGGUUGUCCAAAAAUGAAAAUGCAUUCCAUUCCUGUUUUUUUUUUUUUUAAAUCCAACCUUCUGAGUGAUUCUAGCUCAGUAGGAUUCUCCGGACAGACAUAUAUUGACACAUUAUAUGCAUGUGUGUCUGUGUGUAUCUUUCAAGCUGCAUACAGACAUAACCAGUCAUUACUACAUACACAACCUUGGAAAUCUCUUUUCUUCCAAGGUGACUAAAAUAAUGCCAUGGGUGUGGAUAUGGAUUUUUUUUUUCAAUUCUUAGGGUAACCUCCACAGGAGAGGAAGGACUGGCAAAGCAUUUGUGCGGGCUUGUAUUUAUCCACAAGGCUAUAUGUCUACAUAUAGAGAUGUAUACUUUUAUCUUUUUUUUUCUCUCUCUCUCUCUGUCUUUCUCUCUCUAAAUGGUUUGCAUUGACUUUCCAAAACUAGUUUCAGUGGGCACUGAGUAAUCUUCCCAGUCUGGCAAAGCCAAGAAAAGUCCAGAUUUUUUUUUCUCCAACACAAACCAAAAUACCAGCAUCAUCCGCCGGUCAUUUGGGGGUCUCUCCCAAACAGAAAGCUCAGGCAUGUGCUUCCUGUGGAUUUGUAAGAUAGACCCAUUGACAUUUUGCAUCAAUGCUUUCCCAUGACCCCUUGGCUCUACGAGCCUGUGUGUCUGGGUAGGCAUGCACCCAGGCACUUUCGUGCCUGUGUAUACACAGACAUGUCCUCUCCCCCUCACCUCCCUUUUUUAUUUCUUGUAGCUCUCCAGAAAUAGCUCUCUGGCUUUUACACUAAACUGAGCUGGGCCCUUUCGCUCCCAACCAUAACCUAAGCCACAGGUUAUGAGAUAGAGAUUUGUUGUUUCUCAGCCUUCUCCUUGGGAGAAGGGAAGAGAGGUUGAAAUGAGAGGUAGCUAAGAGGGAGAAAAGUAGGGAGGGCCUAGAGCAGAACUUUGGGCUAAUUCUGUCCUUUUUGGGAAAACAAUUAACAAGGGCCAUCCCCAGUACCUUGGAGAGGGAUAGGUAGGCUUCCUUGCCUGUCUCAUUCCAGCAUCAGAGCACAGGGGAGCCCUCCCCACCCUGGAUGCAGGAUUAAAGAGAGAGGAGAGAAAAAGGACAUGCACUGUUCCAUUCUGGGAAACUUUGCUUCCCAGAAGAGAGCUGGAUUCUGGCUAUCCCAAGCCAGAAAUUUUGAACAAGGAGAAGAUACCAGGAGAGGGGUAAAGAAAAGAAUAUGGCUUAAAUAGGUACCGAAGAAAGCUGGAGGGUCUGGAGAGGGAAGGGACAAAACUGUGCUUAGGAACUCUCUUCAGACUUCCACAAUCCCUACCUCCACACCACGGUCGGUUACUUCUUCCUUCCUCAGAAGGGAAAGACAGGAUGAUGCCAGGGAAGUUUUGGCUGGCAUGGGUCAUUUGCGCUGGUAAUAACAAGAAUUCUGACACAACCUCACCUCCCUCCUUCCUCUUCUGCUACAGGAAUGGGAAAGGAUGUUGCUCUUCCUUAGUGGAUGGGGUAGCUCUGAGGCUAAAUGCUCGUCAGAAGGAGACGAGGAAGCAGGUGUGGACACUGGCAGAGAAUACAUCCCUUCAUGAAUACAUCCCUUCAAAACACAUACCUUUUACCUAGUGUCACACUCCCAAGGAGACCAACCUCAAACUCAUCCCACCUUAAUCUGGGGAGAAUAUGGCAAAGAAGCAUGCGUGCUCCAAGUGAAGGGGACACUCACAAGCUGUAGAAUAUAAGGAAAUAAUCCAGAGGGAGUAGCCUUGACUCCUACUUCUCCCCAGUAGAACAUUUGGCAAGGGAGAGAAGAGGGAAAUAAACCAUACUUGAGACAAAGGGCCAGAAGGGGAGGACAGUAAUAGGACCCUUUCUGGGCCUUCUCUUCCUCCCCCAUCUCUCUGCAUCCAUCCUUAUUCCCACCCUACCCCACCCUGGACAUUCCCCACAUUUACAUAGGCCAGUAUCCUUAAUCCUUUCUCACUGUGCUCUCUAGUUUCUCUAUCUGUCUCCCUGUCUCUGUGUCUCUGUCUGUCUCUCUGUCUCUGUCUCUCUCCCCUCCCCCCCCCCCGUGUGUGUGUGUGUGUGUGUGUGUGUGUGUGUGUGUGUGUGUCUCCCUGGAUCUUCAGCAAUCCGUUGGUCUGGGAUUUGCGAAGCAGAUGCUGGGGUGCCAUUUCCCCUAAGAUAAGACUGAGCCAGGAAUCUUACCUCUGUCCUCUCAUAUUCUACCCCCCUCCCACACUUCCCUAUCUCCCAUUUCCUUAGUUUUCUCUCUCCUCCUUUCUCUUUGAUCGUCUUUUCUUCUUUCUCUUAUCCUCCUGCCUUAUUAUUCCCACUUCUUACCCCAGUGAAUGGAAUGCUUCCCCACCCUUGACAUCCUCUGCUCCAUCCCUAGAGGUUGGACAUAAACUUAUCCAGGUCUCAGGAGUGAGUACUGGAGGUUUUUAAACAGAUGAGGAGACCAUGGGAGGAGGAAGUCAAUGUACUGUUAGUUCAAAGUUCAAAUAAAAGGGGGUCUUCUUUAGCUUCAAAAAGGAAGUUGAGUCUAUCCUGGUCUCCUCUUCCAUCUUUCCCAACCCCCUCAGUCCACUUUUAUAGGUUGUUUAAAAAAAACACUAAAACCUUGGGAAUGGAUCUGCAGGGGUGGGGGAAGCUUGGUGAUACAUCCUAAGUCUACUGACCAACCCCUAGUUAUCCCUUUGAGGUACCUGGCUCUUAGAGACUGCAUAAGGAUGUUUCUGUGCAGCUGUUUACUCCCCAGAGGUGGCCACAAUUUCCGGGACUACCUGAACUGAGUGUCCCAAACAGGUAGCCUGACCCAGGCCCAGGGAAGAUGGAUUGAGAGAUAAUGAAGAUGAGAAAGCAAGGACAUUGCCUUCUCCCACUGGGCCCAUGCCCCUGACAGAAGGUAGUUAGGGAAGACAGGUCUGAAAUGACACAGGAGUUAAUAGCUCCUAUGAAAUCUUCAUCCCUGGUUCUUGUCAUGGCUUUACUCCUCAUUGAUGUUCUAGGCCCUGGGUUAUCAGAGUAUCCCGCCAGCCUCCCUACAGGCCUUGCUUAGGAAGGUUUCUGGUCUACCCCCUCCUUCCUCACUCUUCUUGGAAGUAGAGGAACUGCCUCUGUGUUCUUUCUGCUUCAGCAACUUGGGUGAGGGAGAAUGGGCAUGAGCUGACCUUCAUUCCCCCUACCCACCCAUCCCAAAGACAAUGGGGGAGUACAGAAAGAAAUGAGACCUGAUGUCUAUGCAUAGCUUAAACUGACAGCCAGGCCUAUAGAAGCGUGGAGACAUUCAUCCUGCAAAGGGCAAAGGGUAAAGGGAGAUCGUACAAGCUCCUCUGUCCAGGCCUCACUUCUCCUUCACUAUUACUGCCCAUGCGGUCUCCAUGGUGACUUGUAGGCUAAGGCAAGGAAAUAUGGAAUGUGGAGCUGACCCGUUCCCAUCUCAGGCAGGUCAGUUGUUACAGCAAGCAGCCUCCACUGGUUACCAUAACUACAGCCAAACUCUGAGGGGAAGGGGAAGAGGGCGUUCUCCCCCAACCCCAUUAACCCUGGGAAGGUACCAUUCAAAGGUUGGUAAUUCGUAUGUGUAGUAGGCCACAUAGAAGAGACCUUCGGUCUCCCAGAUUUUGGUGUGCUAGGCAUAAUGUUUGGGUAAGGAGAAUUUUGAAAUGGGAGGCCUGGGGAUGGGGUGAGGCAAGAAGGAAGGGUUUCCACCAACCAGCAACCUGGGCCUUAUACUGCCCUUGUUUGUUUAAAAAAAAAAAAAAAGAAAACCACUAGUGUGCAAGGCUUCAUAUUGCACUAUCUCUCCACUGCUUUCUUAUUAAUUUUUUAUUUCUUUAAAAAAAAAAACUUCUUGAUUUUCUAAUAGAGUGUGUCCUUAAGUCAUUCAUAAGCUUACAAUCUCUCUCUCUCUCUAUCUCUUUUCUCUCUCCAGACCUGCAGGGGGCAAGCAGAGGGGAAUUGGGAGGUGAUGGGCAGAGGGAGGAGAUGUGAGGGAAAGGGGGCUUUUUAGAGUUGUAUGGCCCUGCCUCCCUAGCCCAUCCCCAGUCCCUGAUCAUUAGCAUGAGCCCUGUAUCUCCUCCGAGCACCACCACCUAGACUUCUAUAUGGAUAGCACAGUUAUCAAACACACCCUCAGAUUCCGAGUCUCCAACCUGGUUCUUUUUUUUUUUAAGAUAGCAAUAACCACGACACAUUUUACUUUAGUUCUUGAUAGCUUUUUACAUAUGUACCAUAGCUCUGUUCUCUCUUCUUUUUUUCCAAUUUUUUUAAAAUAAAGAAAUACUCAUAAUCUUUACCAGUGAAAAAGGAGGGAAACGUGAAAUGAACAAAAAAAAAAAAAAGCUCAAUGUGUGGAAAAUAAAACAAAACAAAACAAAACACCUGAAUGUGGAAGAGCUUAGCUCCUGUUUUAGCAUUUUGUACUUAAGAAAAUAAAAAACAAAGGAUCUCACAUUUUAUUAAAAAAGUGAAGAUUGCUGUAUACUAUUUAUUCAACUUAUAAUUUAUGUUACUCUUUGAUCUUUGUCUUUUGUCAUGACAAAGCAUUUAUUUAAUAAAGUUAUGCAUUCA